AUGGAGUUUAUGAGUGCAAUGGGGUCUCAGGAGGACGCUUAUCGUCCUUCUCUUUUUGAACUCAUAGCACAAGAGAAACUGAAAGAACUUUUGCAACCUGCUGUUCAAUAUAUUGUAGCUAUUUAUGCUCAAAGAUAUCCACGACUUCUUUUAAAAUUGGUGAACCAUCAUGAAGAAUUUUACGCCUUGCUGAUGCUGCUAGUGGAGAGACAUUAUUUAAAGGAAUGGGGUGGAUCAUUUGCUGAAAACUUUUACGGUCUGAAAAGAGUUUCGACAGCCCACUUGGAUCAUAUAAAAUUCAAUUCAGUCAACUCGCAAACACCAGCACUGUCAUCCAAAGACGUAACCAAAUCAUUGUUAGUGCUGGUCGGCAUACCGUAUGUUAAAUGUCGCUUGGACUUACUAUAUCAGAAAGUUACGGGUGGAUCAGCAUCUUUAAUUUUAGGAGACAACGAACAAGAAGAACUUGAAAAUGAAGAACUAGCUGAUCCAAACACGAAAGCAACGAGGAAGCUAGCGAUUCGAUUAAAAAGAUUAUUCAAAAAAGUAUACCCUAUCAUCAACUUUAUCUAUUAUGGAUCUAAUCUGGCAUACAACGUUGCUUAUCUAUUUGGAAAGACAAGAUAUUACACACCCUGGUUACAUCUACUUGGAUUGGAAGUGAAGCGUAUGAGUAUGAACGAUUAUCGUGCUCACUACGAUAAAAUGGAAGGGCAAAAUAUGCGACAGCCAGCAUUUUCACUUUUGAAAAACCCUCUUGGUGCCAUUUCAACGAUACUCAGCAAAGUGAUUGAAUUUUUGAAAGUCUUAUUACCAAUGUCCAUCUUUUUCUUCAAGUUUUUGGAGUGGUGGUAUUCAUCCGAAUUCUCAAGGAGCGGCGGGCUAAGUCAAGACGAAGAUAGUGCGAAUGCUAUCCCGCCUCCCGAACAGAUCAAGCCUGAUCCACGUGGCACAAAAUUACCAAAGAGUCCAAAUACAUGUCCUUUAUGUUUAAGCAGUCCGAUCAACAAUCCCACAGCCUUACCGUCGGGCUACGUUUUUUGCUAUACUUGUGUUUACCACUGUGUGGAAGAGCAUGGUCGAUGCCCUGUGACAUGGAUCAAACUGAAUGGCGGUACUGAGCAGUUAACCAAAUUAUAUGCUGAUGUAAUGUAA